CUUCCGGUCCUGUUUUCUACCUACGCCCUUUUGGCAAUUGGAAUUUGGGAGGGUAAAGGGUCGAUCUGCAAAGCCAUUUUAUGUUCGUCCUCGACCUAAGCUUAAAGCUCUUUCUGAUCUAGUCAAUCCAGUACGAGGGUUUGUUUGCUUGUUUGUCCGAAAUGUCCACCGCCUCCUUUUCUCUCCUCUUAUGCCUCUCUUUAUUCACCUACACAACUGUCCACUCCAAACUCCUCUCUCAGUUAACUUCACCUUACCUCUCACCCACCACGAUCUUCCCCCAUUACCAGAAUAUGCUCGAAGCUUUCAAAAUCUUCAUCUACACCCCAGACGAGGCCUUCACUUUCAACUCCUCAGCUGAAUCACUCUUCUACGCGUCUCUUCAAAACAGCACAUUUGUCACCCAUGACGCCGAAGAGGCUCACCUCUUCUUCGUCCCUUUCUCCUCCAAUCUCUCGACACGCUCCGUCGCGCGCGUCAUUAGACGCUUCAGGGAAAAUAUACCUUACUGGAACCGUACGCUCGGUGCCGACCAUUUUUACCUCUCUUGUGCCGGUUUGGGAUACGAAUCGGACCGAAAUCUCGUCGAGUUGAAGAAAAACUCGGUCCAGAUCUCGUGCUUCCCUGCACCCGAUGGUAACUUUAUCCCUCACAAGGACAUAUCCCUUCCUCCACUUGCGAGUUCUCAGGCCCCGUACACUCCGGCGAACAAAACCGCCAGUUUUCUGGGUUAUUUCAGGCACGGCGGGAUAAAAGAGUCGAUUUUGGUGAAGGAGUUGGUCAACGAUCCCGACUUUCUGAUCGAAUCCCAGCCGACAGAUCUGCUUACUUAUAAGGAGAGACUAGCGUCCAGUAAAUUUUGUUUGUUCGAAUACGGAGGAGAUGUUUCGGGAAUAGGAGAGGCAUUGCACUUCGGGUGCGUGCCGGCAGUGAUUACCGACCGUCCGAUAAAGGACCUGCCGUUCAUGGAUGUGCUGAGGUGGCAGGAGAUCGCGGUGUUUGUGCCCCUUGGAGGGGUUAAGGAAAUGAAGCGUGUUUUGGUUCGCACGUGCGGAGAUCGGCACGAGCAAAUGAGGAAGUUGGGCGUGAAGGCGAGUCAGCACUUUGUGUGGAAUGAGUCACCACAGCCGUUCGAUUCAUUUCAUACGGUGAUGUAUCAGCUGUGGCGGAGACGGCAUACCAUCAGAUACCCUCGGAGGUUUACGGUUUAAGGUGGACCCACUUGGAUAAUGUUGUAUACAAAAUGCUAGCUCGAUUUGUCAAAAGAGGACAUCAGAUUGUACUAAUUUCCUGGUGAGCCAGCAAAUAUUUCACGCAAUUUUCUGAAAUACGUAAUUACGUAUAUGAACUCAAAUUCGAAAUAAUUGUUUCUGC